ACGGCCAGCCUCCCAGGGGAUGAGGACAUCGAGAAAGGGUGGGGAAUAGGAGGUCACUUCACUCCUGCUCAUCGACCCGUUCAACUUCUGGGUCAAAGGGGGAAAUUCUUUUUCUGAGGUCAACCGGGUGAUGCCCUGUCAGGGAAAGUGUUUCCCAGGUGGCCCGUCUGCCCCACCCCCAGACACACCUCUGCUAAGGGUGACAUAACACUGUUCCCUGUCACUCUGUUCCCGCUUAUCUCCCGUCUUGUCGGCGCCACCACCUUCUUGGAAAUGAGUUAGGACAAAAGGGGCGGGGGGGGGGGGCUUACCACCCCCGCCUCCUCCAGAAGCACCCAUAAAAGCCACUGAAACGGGGGACCAGACACCACAGCCGGUCCUGAACCUAACAGCAGGACAGCCGAACAGCCAGACAGACGGCACGAUGGUACUGAGCCCGCAGAUCCAGGCUGCCGGCCUCCUGUUCCUCCUCCUGGCCAGUCUGGCCAGUGGCUCGGUUCUUCCGCACCAGACAAGACAGCUUACAGCCCUGCAAGCCCAGGACACAGCCGAAGCCGAGCCUGGCUUGACGCCCACACUCCUGAGGCUGAGACGAGACACCCACUUCCCCAUCUGCCUGUUCUGCUGCAACUGCUGUAAGCGAUCAAAGUGUGGGUUUUGCUGCAAGACAUAGAGCCUCCCCGGCCUGCCCCCCUAUCCUGCCCGACCCUCGUAUUUAUCUGCCUUGCCCUCCAACACUCUGUGACCAGACUUGGAAUAAAAUGGUUCUGUCUGUUGUUUUCCACA